AUGAGCACUACUAGUCCCCCAGAAAAGAAACGGAAGAGAGAGAAAGUCGCAAGAGCAUGCAAGAGAUGCAAACAUAGAAAGGUGAAAUGCGAUGGAAAGUUCCCUUGCGAAACGUGUAUCAGAGCAGGUGCCCAAUGCGUGUAUCUGGGAGCUGAACGUGAGCAUAUGACCUUCCAGGAAUGUUACCACAAAGACGAGGACGAGAAUCGCGACACUGCCCACCUGAUCGCUAUGCCCCCUGGACCUCCAUGCUCCGAGGGCAUUCGAGCAACACACGAGAGUAAUCAUUUGGAUGAGGAAGUGACCUCUGGACAGGCUCAUGUCACUCAACCCAGCCAGAUCAACGGAAACAUUGGUUCUAACGUGAAUACAGGUCUACCAGGACCCGGAAGUAUUCCUGCCAACGGAGUUAAUGGUCUCCCCAAUCAACAUCCUCGACAUGACAGCACACAGGGAAGUAGUCAUGGAAGCAACGCUGGUCUUCCCAACAGUCUUGGCGGUAGCAACCCCUACAUGAACGUUCCAUCCACCAUUCUUCCACCCAUACGAAAAACGAAAUAUACAAAGAACUUCACUUACUACAUUGCUCCGCUCAUGGCCAAAUGCAUUCAAGACGGACUGGGCAAAGAAGGAGCCAAGAAGAUUGCAGUUCCUCGUUACCAGGCGUAUGGAUGGAAUAUGAGUGGUAUCCAUUACCUGAAAUCCCGAUCUCUAGCUUCGUCGGACCCACUCAUCACCGAAGUCCGUCUAUGGCAUCUGAUUGACGUCUAUUUCAAGUUUUUGAACCCCAUCUUUUCGCCUCUUUGCGAAGGAGUCUUCCGAACUCAGCUUGAAAAGUUUUACCAAACACGAGAAUCUCGAGAAGUCGACCCCGCACCUACAUCAUCACACGACGCUGCCGGUGUUAAUGUAGCAGAUCCUCCGUCAGACUCAUGUGACAAGCCAGAGAUUCGGUUAUUCAACGCCCUCUGCCAUAUUGCAUGUGCCACCGCCAUGCGAUACCUGGAGGUGACUACAAACGAGAUCUUCGAAGCUCAUCUUGAAGAGACACUGUUCGACGAUGGUUACAAGACCAUUCAGGCAUUGUCAUUUGAAUGGCAAUCAUUAGAUCUGAUCCAGGGAUGGCUGCUCAUCACAUUUUAUCUCCGAAUGUGUCACCGUCAGAGUUCAGCUUGGAGUGCAUUGGGUCAAGCAACUCGAAUGUGUAUGGGCAUGUAUCUGUUUGAGGAUCUGCAACAGGAUGAGGAGGAUCUUGACCCGUUUGACCGUCAGAAGCAGGAGCGUGUCUUUUGGUGUGCCUACACAUGGGACAGAAUCCUGUCUCUUGAAACAGGAAGACCGUUCAGUUUCAGAGAUGAUGCGAUUACCUUUGAGCGACCAACAAGUUACCAGAAUGAUGGGUGGUUGAGUAUUACCAGUUAUGGUUUGCUGAAGCUAGCAUAUGUCAUUUCUCUAUACUCGCCAAGUAAGGGCUUCAGGUUUGAGCGACAGAUCUUCGAACCUGAAAAGAAAAAGAUCAUGCUUAAUGCACUCCACGCUUGGAAUGAGGAGAUGAAAUCCAUUGGUCUUGGGUUCGACGAUGAUCUCAAUCGUCUUCCCGGCGUCCACGCUUCCACAUACGCCUUCCUGCGCCAACAGUACUAUUCAGUGACUUACAUAUUCAACGUCGAGACACUCCUGCAGUUUUCUUCUGGUGGAAGUAUCAGAUAUGACGGAAUAGGCUCGACGAAUGGUCUAUUAUCAUCAGCCCAUGGUCUUCUCAAGCUCAGCCUUGUCAUGAAGAGAGAGAAGUGCUUGAUCAGCCCGCUGUGGCUGACUCUCAGUACACUUUUCAAUACUGGAUGUGUCUUAAUCUGCUUCGCCAACGUUGGUAUCGACUGGACUAACCUGGCUGACAACCUCGGCAACAUUGUUGCUCUAGUAACUGACCUGCAGUUGUCUGGCAAGUUCAUCAUGGCUGACGAGAUUCUGUGGGGUCUGAAAACUCUCAACCACGCCGUCUAUUUGCGUCUUCAACGAACCCAACAGAUCUUCCGCGCUGUUGGUAUUGAUCAUGGCAGUCAAGCAGUCAAUCACGGCAGGUUCAACCGAGCUGUCCUAACCCAUCAGCAAACAGUUAGUUCACCACCUCAGGAUCUCCAGAAGCUCAUGAACCCGAACGGUGUGGAGGGAGUCCUAUUCGGGGCAGCGAUGGCUACUGGCGGCGGAGGAGAAGAAGAGAGGGAACCCCCUCACAACUGGUUCGGAAGCUUCAACUGGGAUGACCAGUGGGUGUAA